UCUUCAUUUUAUCUUUUGGGACCCUAGUGCCCCACCGGCUUCAGGGUUAUGCGCUGUUUGCACUCCAUGUUAAUCCAGGUGCCUUCCUGGUUUCCGACCUUUAUCUUCCUUUCCCACUUUGGCACUAUUUUGUUUUGAUGUCAGCAAAAUUCCUUGCGUAGCACCACGCUUCGUGAAUCCGCUCGUCGUAACUGUCUGCAUUUCCUUUCGGGAUCCCUAGUGGUUAAAAAGUCUUCAUCUGCUCACACCCCCAUGGCGUCUGAAAUCUGAAAUAUAGUCUGAGUCGCCUUCACCGUGCGUAUCGGGACAGCGAAUCCGUUGCCGUACUUUCGUAAACCCGUUCCGAAGCGGUUACUCCAGUUGCGUAAGAGGGAGGCGAUGUGGACGGUUCUUGCGCCCGCCGCGUAGAAGACCCCGCCCCCCUGCGAGGUUGGCGUAUACAGGGCGACUGGGCGGCUCCCAGUGGAGCCGGGGGAAGCGGGGCGGAGUUGGUGAAUAGGGAAGUGGCGCAGGUCGCAGAGAUCGCUCCGCCGAGUGAGUUCACCCGCCCGGCCGUCCGUCUCCGUCGCCGCUGCCCCCCGCCCCGGCCCCGUCCGCCCUCCCCUCCCCCGCUCCCCUCAGCCCAUCCCGGCCCGGUCCCUGGGAGGAUGAAGUUCGUUUACAAGGAGGAGCACCCGUUCGAGAAGCGCCGCUCUGAAGGCGAGAAGAUCCGCAAGAAGUAUCCCGAUCGGGUCCCGGUGAUUGUGGAAAAAGCUCCUAAGGCCCGGAUAGGUGACCUGGACAAGAAGAAAUACCUGGUGCCUUCUGAUCUCACAGUUGGUCAGUUCUACUUCUUGAUCCGGAAGCGAAUUCACCUUCGAGCUGAGGAUGCCCUAUUUUUCUUUGUCAACAAUGUCAUUCCACCCACCAGCGCCACCAUGGGUCAGCUUUACCAGGAACAUCACGAAGAAGACUUCUUUCUAUACAUUGCCUACAGCGACGAAAGUGUCUAUGGUCUGUGAAGCUGCCUUCCACUCCUGGGUGGGGGGGCCCUUCUCUAAGAAGAGUGAGGGUUCCCCUGUCUCUUCCUCUCCAUAUCCCCUAACUACCCCAUUCUCCUCAGUUUCUCCUCCUUGCUGGAAGACAAACACCACCACCUCUUGUCAAGGCCUGCAAUUUGCAAUGUUUAAGACUCUCUUUCCCUCAGCCCAUUCUGGCUGCAGUUGGGGAGGGCAAGGGUAGAGGAGGACCCCCCCCAAUGUCUAUUUUCUUGUUCUCUCCCGUGGACCUAAACCUUUUCUGCCUCUUCCUCUCUUCCCUCCAGCCCUCCCCCAAUCUCUCCUUGGUUGUCAAUUCCCAUUUUCUUUUUGUCUCACUCACUGAUUGUUUUGGUUUCUGUUUCUUCCCAGACUCCCCAAGGGACUUGGGUUCCUACAGUUCCUCCCCUCACCUCCACCCCUUUCAUCUUCCCUCCCACGGGGUAGGGGUGGAGGGGUGGGAGUGGGCUGGGGGUGGAGAAGAUCAAUAAAGAAACCACCAACUUAA